GAUGGAUGGAUGGAUUACAGCUCCUAUUUCUUAAUUUAUCCAGGAUAAUAUAUAUGCUCAGCAAAGACAUGGAGGACGUCAAGAUCGAGUUCAGCCCGAUCUACUGGAUCGAAAACGGAACCCUGGUCCCAACGACGACAACCACAACGACCACAACCACGACAACUUCGACGACGGAAGCGACGACCACCAUGAAGGAACCGGUGCCAAUUGCCAACACCCCACUUGACCUGCAUCCCCGGAUAGAUAUGGACCUCGAAGAUGGCGACGAUGGCAUGAGCAACGAAAUCGACCGGUCCUCGGCCAGCCGGGAACAGGUGGCCAGCAGCCGGAGCAUCGACAAACCGGAAAGCAGCAUCAGCUUAUCUAGUAUUGGAGGUGGCAGUGGAGGAAACAAAAAUGGCAACAGUUCCGCCACGAUGGUGUGUCAUCGGUGGUGGUCCGGAUUGCUGAUAUUUGCACUUCUGACAGGGCUGGUGUCGCAUAGGAUUUAGAGCCUAGCUGAUGAGCGGAUCGAUAUCGUUGAAUAGGUUUUUACUUUCGUAAUUUCUUGCAAUCAUUUUUGUUGUUCCUCAAAAACCCGGGCCGGGGCUUAUUAAGAAUGUUUAUGGAUCGAGCAAGUGCGCUGUGUGUGAGUACAAAGUACCCAGAGUUGGACUUUGGGGAGCUUCGUCACACUUAUUUGAGUAUUCUUGUCUGAGCUUGUUCCGGAUUCUUCAAUUGAAAAUCGCUUCCGAUGAGCGAAAAAUUGUAUAAAGUUAAAAUAUUUUGUUUUUUUUAAUAACAGAUCUUUCAGUGCGAACCUUUGUAGAGAUUCAAACGAAUUAGUUAAGCUAAUCUUAAUCUUAAGAAGAAAAGUAUAUAGGAAUCUAGUGAAAGGAAAGAUAAAUUAAUCGAUCAAUUAGCAUUAUAACGUUAUUAUUAUUUCAACUUGCAACUAGCAGCGAGCCAAACAAAACGAAGUAAAAAAGAAAGAACCCGAAGCCGAAAAAAUCAAGUGAGGAGUAAUUAAUAAUUUAUAAUUGUAUUUGUAACUAGUUGGUAAAAUUUUGAGUAUAAUCUCUAUCACUCUCUCUAAGUAUCUCACACUUAGUCUCUUUCUACAGUAUAAGUCGAUUGGAAAUAUCGUUGAGAUGUCAAAUAUUUUUUCAAUUGUGUACAUAUAGUUUUCGCUAGAUAUGUCUCUAUCCAAUGUAUUGUAAGUUAUUAUUUAAAACAUAAAAAAAGGAAAGGUUAAGGAAAUUCGCGCGCUUCGAAUUGGCUAUUUUUAAAAUUGAGUUGAUCUUUAAUGAGUACAUUCCACCAACAAACAUCUUUGGAGAACAAAGUCAUUUAAAAAAAAAAAACAAACAUAUAAAUCAAUUUCACAUUAAUUUUGCAUGAAAAUUUGAUUUAAAAAUCAGAUCAAAUGCUCGGAGUUUUCAAUAGCUAAUUUUUUCAAUGCAUCAAUGUGAAUUCAAAAUUAAAGUUUCGUAACUGAGUUCUGAUUUUUUAUUUCAAAUAUAAGAAUAAUCAAUUUUAAAUUUUGAAUCAGGAUCUAACUUAUGAAUCAAAAUUCUAACCACCUUACUUGAAAUCUGAAUUCUGAAUCUGAAUUCUGAAUCUGAAUUCUGAAUCUGAAUUCUGAAUCUGAAUUCUGAAUCUGAAUUCUGAAUCUGAAUUCUGAAUCUGAAUUCUGAAUCUGAAUUCUGAAUCUGAAUUCUGAAUCUGAAUUCUGAAUCUGAAUUCUGAAUCUGAAUUCUGAAUCUGAAUUCUGAAUCUAAAUUCUGAAUCUAAAU